AACAGUUUUCACAUUUGACUCAUUCGAGAGCAUGGCACCCCCGCGCACGAACAAGUACGAGAAAGUCGCUGCCAAGCAGACCAAAAAAGCGGCGCCGCAGAAGCGUGCUCUGCCCUCCGAGUCGUCGGAAGGCGAGGAGGACGAUGAAGACGACGACGACGAUGCCGCCGCCGCUGCGUUCGACGACAGCGACGACGAGUUGCAAGACGACAACUUUGACGAUGAUGUCGACGACGACGACGACGCUGAACCGUCUGCCGGCUUCUCGGAUGCCAACCGCAAGUGGCUCAAACCCAAAACGAACGCCGGUUCCGAUUCCGAAGGCAAUGACGACGACGACGAUAAUGACGACGACGAGGAGGACGAGACCGCGUUUGAAAAGAAGGCCAAGAAGUCGGCGGCCAAGGCGCGGCGCGACGACGCGGACGCCGAGACGGAACUCCAGCUCAACUUGAAGAACCAAUCGACGUUUGCAUUGGACGACGUGGACGACGGCGAAGACGCGGGCGACGUGUACCAGCGCGUGAAGGACAUCAUCGAAGUGCUGGCGCAGUUCAAGGAGCGCCGCGAGCAGCACCGCAGCCGCAGCGAGUACAUUGACCAGCUCACGACCGACAUGGCGUCGUACUUUGGCUACAACCGCGAGCUCAUGGUGCUGUUUCUGCAAAUGUUUUCGCCCGCCGAGUGCCUCGAGUUUAUCGAAGCCAACGAACAACCUCGGCCGCUUGUGAUCCGAGCCAACACCCUCAAGACCCGCCGCCGCGACUUGGCACAAGCGCUUAUCCAACGCGGAGUUAAUCUGGACCCGCUCGCCAAAUGGUCCAAGGUCGGGCUCAAGAUCUACGACUCCCCCGUGCCCAUCGGCGCCACCCCUGAGUACCUCGCCGGCCACUACAUGCUCCAGUCGGCGAGUUCGUUUGGCCCGGUCUUGUCGCUGGCCCCCGAACCCAACGAGCGUAUCCUCGACAUGUGCGCCGCGCCAGGCGGUAAGACGACGUACGUGGCGCAGCUCAUGCGAAACUCGGGGUCGCUGGUGGCCAACGACUUGAAAAAGCAACGGCUCAAGGCUACCGUAGCCAACUUGCAUCGGUUGGGCGUGAAAAACUGCGCCGUGGCCAACUAUGACGGCCGCAAACUGCCUGCGGUCUUUACCGGGUUUGACCGAGUCUUGCUCGAUGCGCCAUGCACGGGCAUGGGGGUGAUCGCCCGCGAUCCGUCCAUCAAGACCCAAAAGACAGAGAAGGACGUACACCGGCUAGCGCAUCUGCAAAAGGAGCUUCUCUUGGCGGCAAUCGAUGCCGUCGAUGCCAAGAGCGCUAGUGGCGGCGUUGUUGUCUACUCGACUUGCUCGGUCAUGGUCGAAGAAAACGAAGCCGUCGUUGAUUAUGCCCUCCGCAAGCGAGCGGUUAAGCUCGUGGACGCCGGCUUGGAGCACGGCAAGCCCGGAUUCACACGGUACCAGCAGCAGCGCUUCCACCCGAGCGUUGGGCUCACGCGCCGAUUUUACCCCCACGUGCACAACAUGGACGGGUUCUUUGUUGCCAAGUUUAAAAAGUACGCGAAUGCAUUGACCCAUCGUGACACGGACGACAACAUUGAAGACGAUGGACUGUCCAAACGAGCUAAGCGAAAGCUCCAGGCGGCCAACCAACAGGCCUCCGACAAUGUACAAGCCAAUGUGGACGAAGACCUGAGCGCCGAUUCCGAAGUCGAAGAAGAGGCUCAAGGCAGCAGCAGCGAAGAAGAAGCCGACGACGAAAACGAGGAAGAGGCGGUGGCACCGCCGGUUGUGGCCACCAAACCGGCUAGCAAGGGCAAGGCUACACCUACUGCUGCACCCAAGGCGCAAGAGGCCCAAGAGGCUCGUGCACCCAAUAAGUUUGCGAACAAGAAGCCCCAGAAAGGUGGAAAACCGUUCAACAAAUUCCAAGGUGGCAAAUCUGGUGGGGGGAUGACGGCCAAGUCGGGGGGAGGCCGACCAGGGGGUUUUACGGGCGGCCGCGCCACCACCGCGACGGGCGAACCCAAACCGCCGAAGCAAAAACGCUUUAUGGACAACAAGAUGGCACAGGUUCGGAUGCAAAAACGACAAAAGAAGUAGCGACCAUAUAUACAAACAUAUACUGUAGGAGUACGAUAUUGUGGAAAUAUAUAUGCAAGUCAUAUUUACGUCGAAACGACGACACGUCGACAG